CUUGAUUAUAGAGUGGAAGAGCUUUUAAAGUGUUUUAUGCCAUUAACCGGGUGGAAACAUCACUUGGAACUUAUGAUCAAGUUACUGAAGAACCCCAAUCAACAAUAUAGGUGUGAACUGAAUGAUAAGGAGGAUCUAAUGUCAUUGGAAGAAUUUGCUAAGAAAAGUGACAGCAAUGUAAAACGUGCAUAUUCUUCAUACAAGAGAAAAGUGAAGAGUUCUAACCUUUUGACAUUUGAGCAAUUUGUCGAGAAGAAAUUCGAUGGCAUUGUAGAGUCUUACAAUUUGUAUGUUGAAGAUAAAAAGAUGAGUACCUCUGGUAUGACGAUGGAGCAAUUUGUGAAGCAAUGGUUCAGUUACAUUGGAGGUAGGCUCAAGUUGUUCAUGAAAGCCUUGUAUACUCACCUACCAACAUCUAUGAUUUCAAUCAAAGUGGUAAAGAAAAUGUUGAACGCUCUGGAUUUGUUGAAAUCUCUGGAAAUUUUGCUGCGCAAUACCAAGUUCAAACGAGACUUUCAUCAAUGUAAAGAUGGAAAAAGCCUACAAAGCAUACUAAGUUCACUAUCACGUUCAAUUUCGCUUCCUUGGAAGACAAGCAAAGAUGGCAUGUCAAUGUUUUGCAUUGAGAAAGCAUGCUUAGUAUUUUGUACUGCAUCAAGUUCUUCUAAACUGCAUACUCAAGAAGGGGAAAAGUUCCGGUUUGUAGUUAUUGAUGAAGCAGCACAGCUGAGAGAAUGUGAAUCAGCAAUUCCAUUGCAACUUCCUGGUCUUCAACAUGCUGUUCUCAUAGGUGAUGAAAGACAGCUUCCUGCAUUGGUUAAAAGCAAGAUAGCUGAGAAGGCUGAAUUUGGAAGAAGUUUGUUUGAGAGAUUGGUAUUGUUGGGAAAAGAGAGGCACAUGCUUAAUAUUCAGUAUAGGAUGCAUCCAUCAAUUAGCAAAUUCCCAAGUGAAGAGUUCUAUGAUAAGCAACUUGCUGAUGCAUCCAUUGUCAAAUUAACAAGCUACAAUAAACAAUUCCUUAAAGGGAAAAUGUAUGGCUCCUACUCUUUCAUCAACAUAUCAAGGGGUAAAGAGCAGUCUAAUCAUGAUCAUAGUUUGAAGAACAUUGCUGAGGCUGCUGCUGUCUCAGAGAUUAUUCAAAGACUUAGAAAAGAAUGUUUGACAAGAAGAAAGAAAGUUAGCAUAGGAAUCAUAUCUCCAUACAAUGGUCAAGUACAUGAAAUCCAGAAGACCAUAAAGCAAUAUAUUUCAGACAGUGAUCCUAACUUCUCUGUGAGUGUUCGUUCUGUUGAUGGUUUUCAAGGUGGUGAAGAAGACAUAAUUAUAAUAUCAACUGUGAGAUCCAAUGGUGUUGGAAAUAUUGGUUUUCUUUCAAAUAGACAAAGAACAAAUGUGGCAUUGACGAGGGCUAGAUAUUGCCUUUGGAUAUUAGGAAAUGCAUCAACUUUGAUAAACCGUAACAGUGUAUGGAGGGAACUGGUUCUUGAUGCUAAGGAAAGAAACUGCUUCCACAAUGCUUAUGAGGAUGAGAAACUGGCUCAGGCCAUUGAGAAUUCCUUGUGGGACCUUGAACUUGAUUCACUGGAGGCACCAUUCAAGAAACUAAGUUUAUGGGACAAUUCUAAUACAGCUUCUACUUCCUUUAGAGCACAUAAACCAAGAUUGAUGUAUAAAAUCAAAACAUGAAGACAUUGAAUCACAUGUUUAUGCAAUGCCAUGGAACAUGCCAUCCCUAAAGACCUUUGUUGAGUUUUGAACUUGUGAUCAAGAAGCAAAGAAGCAAAUCAACCUCAUGAGUUUUUGUCAUCCAUGCAUGCUGGCAAUGGCAAUACUGUAAUUGUAUUUUGAACAUAACUUAUCCUUAUUACCAUGCGUAUUCUACCAUGAUUUACUAAUUUUUGGUGGAUUAUGCUAAAGAUUAUUUAGAAAUGCAAUUUAUCCUUGCAUUUUUUUUUUCCUUUUUAAGGGAUGAAAAUACAAGCUACAUGUAUUAAGAUUAUAUGGCGAAAUUUG